AUCUCAAAGCCCCCCUCCAAAGCCCAUUUGCUGACUUUCUCUCGGUCUCUUGGUCUCUCUCUCUCUCCGUCUCUCAAAGAGUCAAAAACACAGAAAUGGGGGAAAAUAAGCGAAAACGGGGUCGUAAACCCAAAACCCCAACCCAAGAGAACAAGGACUUCCAAUACACCACCGCAGCGGGAAACGACGUCGUCUCUGUCCCCAUCCCGGCCGCCGAACCCGCGUCGGACCCAAACGAACCAUCGGCCUCCCGGAGCGGCCGUGGCCGUCCGCGUAAGCUCAAUAAGAACGAGAACCAGCGGGCCAACAUAGCGGCCUCACCGGAGCGCCGGAGCUCCAGACAGGCGGAGCAAAACGGCGACUUAACCCACGCAACUACGACGAUGGCAACGGCAACGACGACGAUGAACUCCACUGCGAUCGUUUCGGAGCCGGUGAGGUGGGAGAACGUGGUGAGGGUGGUGCCCUCCAUGGACGCGGUGGUAAAGGUGUUCUGCGUUCACACGGAGCCCAAUUUCUCGCUCAUGUGGCAGAGGAAGAGGCAGUAUAGCUCGAGCAGUAGUGGGUUCGUCAUUGGGGGGAGGAGGGUCUUGACCAAUGCGCAUUCGGUGGAGCACCAUACCCAGGUGAAGCUGAAGAAGCGGGGUUCGGAUACCAAGUACUUGGCAACGGUGUUAGCUAUUGGGACUGAGUGUGAUAUCGCGAUGCUGACGGUGAGUGAUGAUGAGUUCUGGGAAGGAGUUUCACCUGUGGAAUUUGGAGAUUUGCCUGCACUCCAAGACGCAGUAACUGUUGUGGGCUACCCAAUUGGAGGUGACACAAUCUCUGUGACAAGUGGUGUUGUCUCACGCAUAGAGAUACUUUCUUAUGUUCAUGGGUCAACAGAACUUCUCGGACUGCAGAUAGAUGCUGCAAUAAACUCUGGAAAUUCUGGUGGGCCUGCCUUUAAUGAUAAGGGAAAGUGUGUGGGUAUUGCAUUUCAGUCUCUUAAACAUGAAGAUGUGGAGAACAUAGGUUAUGUCAUACCAACACCAGUUAUUAUGCACUUCAUUAAAGAUUAUGAGAAGAAUGGAGCAUAUACAGGGUUCCCAAUUCUUGGAGUUGAGUGGCAGAAGAUAGAAAAUCCUGAUCUACGCAUGGCAAUGGGGAUGGGACCUGAUCAAAAAGGUGUCCGUAUCAGAAGAAUCGAACCUACCGCUCCUGAGUCUCAAGUUCUGAAGCCAUCUGAUGUUAUCUUGAGUUUUGAUGGGGUUAAUAUUGCUAAUGAUGGAACAGUUCCAUUCCGGCAUGGAGAGCGCAUUGGUUUCAGUUAUCUUGUAUCUCAAAAAUACACGGGGGACAAUGCUUUAGUAAAAGUUCUCCGUGAUUCAGAGAUACUUGAAUUCAACAUAAGACUUGAAACACACAAGCGGCUCAUCCCAGCACACAUCAAGGGCAGACCUCCUUCUUAUUACAUUAUUGCUGGUUUUGUUUUUACUGCUGUAUCCGUACCCUAUCUGCGUUCUGAGUAUGGAAAGGAUUAUGAAUUUGAUGCUCCAGUGAAACUGUUGGACAAGCAUCUACAUGCAAUGGCAGAAUCGGUAGACGAGCAGCUUAUUGUUGUUUCUCAGGUUCUUGUGGCUGACAUUAAUAUUGGAUACGAGGAAAUCGUUAAUACUCAGGUUCUUGCUUUCAAUGGUAAACCUGUGAAGAAUCUUAAGAGUUUGGCCAGCAUGGUAGAAAGCUGUGAGGAUGAAUAUCUGAAGUUUGAUCUCGAGUAUCAACAGAUAGUGGUCCUGGAGACCAAGACUGCCAAGGCAGCAACUUUAGAUAUUCUGACAACACAUUGCAUACCUUCUGCAAUGUCUGAUGACCUCAAGACUUGAGUGAAGAUUUUGGGGAAGGUACAGAAGAUUACUCCUCCAUUAAUUAUCCUUGCAGUUCAUCAUUUGCUUGGCCCCCCAUCUCCAUGGUGCUGGGUCUCAUUAAUCUUUGUAAACGUUUGGAUCUGAAUUAAUGGGUGUUGAGAUUUUUCAUUUUA